UACAGCAUAGCGGGAUCGGCCAUGGCCAUGGCAGAGCAAGGAGUCGCAGAGAUAUCUCAUACUGUUCUUCAAUUGGAAGCGAACACAGCCACGGCCACGGCCACCCCAAGUAGGAAGGAACAAGAAAUGAAGCAAAUGAAGGAGACCAAUAAGAGCUUGAAGAAGGGCUCAGUUGCAUCCAGAACUGGCUUGGUUUACUGGGCUCUAGUCUUCGCCAACUACUUCUCUCUGUCAAUAGGCCUCGUCUCCUCUAACAUGUUGUCAAGGUUCUAUUUCAUGCAUGGAGGAAGCAGGAGAUGGGUCACAUCCCUUACCCAAUCAGGAGGCUUCCCAUUUCUCUUCAUUCCUUUGGCUAUUUCUUACUACAUGAGCGCAUCAUCAUCCUAUAAGCCAUUCUCAUGCUUCACACCAAGGGUGCUGCUUUGCGCCGUAGUCUUGGGGUUGCUUAUAGGCUUUGACAACUUCAUCUACUCUUGGGGAGUGUCCUUCCUCUCCGCUUCCAUAUCUUCCUUGCUUCUUUCCACUCAGUUGGCCUUCACUGCCGUGUUUUCCUGCCUGAUCGUUAAGCAACCCAUGAACUUCCCAACUCUGAAUUGCAUCAUCCUGCUAACGACGAGCUCUGCACUUGUUGGAUUCACCAGUAGCCACCAAAGGCCUCCCGGAGUCACCAACAUUCAGUACGGCUUGGGUGUAAUCUUAACAAUUGCUGCCGCUGCUUUGUAUGGCCUGUACUUGCCACUGUUGGAGCUUUUAAACGGCAGUAUGAUGAAGAAGAAGAAGUUGGUAAUCACGUUUAGGCUUGUUUUGGAGACGCAGAUCGUGAUCUUCGCUACUGCUUCUGUGUUUUCUUGCCUGGGCCUGGCCAUCAAUGGGGAUUUUGGAAGGAUCAGGGCAGAAGCGGAGGGAUUUGACGUGGGAGAAGUGAAGUACGUUCUGUGCUUGGUGUUUGGAGCUAUUUCAUGGCAGAUGGCCUUUGUGGGAACUGCUGGUUUGGUGUUUCUGACAAGCUCUUUGAUGAGUGGCAUAUGCACGACUGCACUGAUACCAGCAGGGGUUUUGUCCCCGUUGGUUUUCUUCCAUGAAGGUUUCAGUGCAGGGAAGGGCUUUGCCAUUGUUCUAUCUAUCUGGGCUUUCGCUUCUUAUCUGUUUGGGGAGUACAAGCAAAGGAAAGCCGAGCCUAAGAACCAAGCGGAGUUGGGAAAUCAGAAAAGUUGAAGUCUGAUGAGUCUUGGGGUGCUAGAUGUUCUUAGAGAUUUCAUCUUCACAGUUUACCUUGUAAGCUUAAGAAAAGAAGGUUC